UCAUUGUUUUUUGUCUUAAAAAGUUAUCGUAAUACUCAUUUCUCUCGGUUCCUACUCCUACCGAACAUAUCUGCUGUGACCGUGUCUCAUAAUUGAUGUUCGACUCAGUGAGACAAACCAAGAAGAAGCAAGGGUUUAACUCAUUAAUUUCUUUAUGGGGAUGAAUUUCCUCUCUCUAACCUCUACUUCUCUCUCUUUCCUUCCGGUUUAUUCUUCAUCCCUUCUUACUGCAACACCUUCUCCAUAUCCCUCUUUUUUUUCAUAUAAGUGCACUUCCACACCAGUUUUAAGAACAUGUGUCAACAAGGAAAAGGAAGAGGUGCUUCUAGAAGGGAUGCCUUCUCACUACUAUGAUGAUGAAUGGCAAGCCCGACAACGUGAAAAGACCAAGGAGUUGCAUCGAAGACGCAGAGAAGAAGAAGAGGAAGAAGAGAGAAAGAUUGAAGAGUAUCGUGAAGUUGGCAUGCGGCUGAAGGAAUACCCUGAAGAAGAUGUUAGAAAAGCAAGGAAAUUGAUUUCAAGCUUCAUAAGAGCCGCUGAAGAAGUAGAAGAGAAAAUUGAGGAAGCUGCUGAGAGAGGAGAACUUACCGAACUUGUUUUGAUGGUCAUAUGGAAUCGCCUUGAUCUUGCUCGGCGUGAUGAUGAAAAGGAUGCUAUAAGAAGUCUGGAUCUGUUAUACAGAAGGGUUGAGACUGAGAUCUUGAAACGAGAGGCUACCCCUGCAAUGAGAUUGCUCAACGAUCUUUUGAUUAUGUAUGAUGGCUUUAAUUUUGACGAGUGGCUAAAGAAAUGUAAAAAGAUCAUGAUUGAUACAUUCCCAAGGGAGGAUCCAUAUAGCAUUCUUGUUCCCCCUGGAUUUGAGUCAUUUGAUAUAGAUCAGCAUCACGGGCCAUUGCGUCCAUCACUUGAAGUUGAUGAUAAUACUCUUUUGAGGAUUGAUUUUGUAAGGGAGGUUGAUGAAUUGCUGCAAGACGUUCGAUCGGAACAGGAUGAAGAAGAGAAUGAACAAGAGCUUAAUGCUGAAUCAGUUGCUAAUAUUUUAAAACAGCAGGAGAAGCAGCAAACGAUACGCCAAGUAGAAGCUCUACUAGAUUUAGCUAUUAGUUUGAACUGGUAGCUAUUCGUUCCAUGUUUGUAUUUUGAUUUACAUACAUCGGUUCAGUUGUCCUACAGUUUAUAGUGUUAAAUAAAAAUUAGUAUGCAUUGCAUUUGCAGUCCAAGUAGCUUCACUGUGUUGUAUUUUUCCCCCUUGUAAGGAUGUAAAAUUUAGUAACAGCAGAAAUGACACACAAAUGUAGGCAUGACAGUUUAGGGUGAUGAGAAUCUUUUGGGUGAUAAUGUGUUUUUAAAGGUAAAGACAUGUUAAAAGUUGAGUUUUUGAUUUUUCAUUA